UGUCGCACGCGUGCGUAGCGGCUUUUCCACGCUCGGCUCGAGCGGCCCAAGAACCGACGGAGCCCGCCGGAUAUUAUCGCCCGGAGACAUCGCCAGCCUAAUAUAUUCGGAUUUUUAUGGCUGUCCGCGCUCGCGAUCACCCCUCCCUCGACGAGCAGAGACGGCUAAUGAAUAAGCGGCGCAGAGCAGAAACUAGAUUUCAGACCGCCGCCUCGUUCGCGGCACACAGAAGCGUGACCUUUACGCCGACCGAUCCCCUCUUUCCUUUUAUUAUUAUACUCCGAAAGUGACUGAUCAGCUCCGGAGCGGAGAGAUUGCGGCGGACCUUUGACGUGCUCCUCGAAAUGCCACACACAGGCCAAGCGGGAGUUAAUCAACUGGGCGGAGUUUUCGUGAACGGUCGUCCUCUGCCGGACUGUGUGAGGCAAAAAAUCGUGCAACUCGCCCUGUUGGGUGUGCGACCCUGCGACAUAUCCCGCCAGCUACUCGUCUCGCACGGCUGCGUCUCCAAGAUACUCACCCGCUUCUACGAGACGGGGAGCAUCAGGCCCGGAAGCAUCGGUGGCAGUAAAACCAAGGCCGCCUACUGUUCGCAGCAAGUAGCGACGCCGAGUGUAGUGAAGAAAAUCCUGCGCAUGAAGCAAGAACAGCCGACGAUGUUCGCUUGGGAGAUACGCGAGCAGCUGGUGCGCCAAGGCGCGUGCGACCCGCAAAGUUUACCGUCGGUCUCGUCGGUCAAUCGAAUUCUGCGCGGUGGUGGUCAUCAGACCGAACACCCGAGCAUGGAGUCGUCCGCGUCGGCCUAUCAACCACAGCAGCAGCAGCAACAGCAGCAACAGCAGCAGCAACAGCACCAGCACCAGCAGCACCAGCAGCAACAGCAGAUGAUGACAGCCGGCGGUGUACCGGGCGUCGCAGAGCCUCUGAUGAGGGCGGACUAUCAGUUUGUUUACCCCGGCGCGCUGGGGCCACUGCACGCGGCGCGCGCCGCUACGAUGGCUACGCCCACGGCCUGGAACUCGUCGAUAUACUCGUCGCUCUAUCAGACGUCCGCGCAAAUGAAGACGCUCCACCUGCAGUACAGCACGCAACUGCUGGACGCGGAGCGGCUGGUCGAGGCCCAAGAGUCGCAGUCUCAGCUGGGCAACGGGCUCAAGUCCAGCUCGAGCUCCGUGAUCGGCAGCGACGACUCGCUGGACAAGAGCGACUUGGACGACGCGAGCGCCGACAACAGCAGCAGCGGCAAAGCCUACCAAAGAGCGCCCGCGAGCAUCGAGCUGGGCGGCAAGCAGAGCGCGUUCGUGCGCCACAAUCCCUGCGCCCGGGGCGCCGACUCGUCGGGCUCCGCUCGGCAAGGGCAGCAGCCGCGAAAGCGCGGCGGCUACUCGAUAGAGGAGCUGCUCAGGAAAGACGAGGCCAAGAGGCCGAGGCUGCUGCUCGACACCGGCGUCGUGCAGCCCUGCGGCAUAGUCGUCGGCAAGCACACCUAGGCUCUGCCGGAGUUGCGAUCCACCGCGGCACACUGUACAUUACCGUUUGUAUCUUAACUUUCUAGCGGAACAUCCGCUAGACCCCCACCCUCCCCUUGAUCCUACACCAGCCUAUAUUUAUAGCUAUUUAUUUUUUUCUACCUUUAUUUAUUGGCCACAGGUGUAAAAGCGACGAGGACUAAUGAGCGAGAAAUUAGUCGGGAGCGCGCGUCGCCUUUUACGAGCGCCAUAUAAACGCGGACAGCGAGAGGGAAAAGGCUUCCGCGGAGAGAAACUCGUGAGAACGAGAGGUGAAGAAGAGGUGACGAUUGCGCGUCGCCCUCUCUCUCUCUCUCUCUCUCUCUCUCUCUCUCAAAAAAAAAAUUACUUAUUGCGUUACACGCUUUUACGACGCUUCGACGUUUAUUGGAUUACACUAUUACCGCGCGAGCCUUGGAUUAUGCGUCGAUUGCCGAGCGCAGGACAACUGGAACGAGGCAUUUUAAUAGUAUCGGACGAGUCCAACGUUUUCCUCUUGAUAGGCUGUAUAAUUGAGUGUGCAUUCGAAAAUUGUAAAAUACACACGCGAUCUUAAUGCUGUGAAAUAGCUGUGCUCUCUCUCUCUCUCGACUGUACAAUUACUCCGAUUCGUUGCUUCGAAAAUUCGACAAAGAAUUGCUUUUCUCUGACCUAGCCGAUAUCCGUCUAGACAAGCCAUCGAUUUGCAGGCAGUAAUAUCGUAAUCAUUGAGUGUCUAGUUGUCUAUUGUAGAAUGGCCGUUGAGUAGUGAUACGUAGAUCGCGAUGCAGAAAACGAAUUGUUUGUUAAUCUCCGCAUUGUGACGCAACCGUUCGUUUGUAGCCACGAACACGUGCCAUUUGAUUCGAUGCACGAGGCCAUGUUCGACGAUAAUCAUUAUUCUAUUGUAUUCUCUUGUUCCUUUCUCCCUGCUGUUAUUCUCUUCUGUAGAAUAUGGGCUGAAGCCAAGAGUGUAUUUAUUCGUGCGUUCGAAAUCAAAAGAAGCGUUAUAGUGAUUUCAUCGAGUGAGCCAUUGAGUAUAUGUUGAACAACAUGCUCGUUAUUAAGUAUGCUGUAUAAGAUCUUAAAUAUAUACUAGUCAAAAGAAAAGAUAGAUCUUGAGUGUUAUUAUUUAUCAGAGAGGAACGCUUGGAUCGAAUGAAAAACAGCUGCAGCGCAGGAGCAAGAUUACUCGGAUGCGUUCG